AGGAAGAGAACGAACCGAAACAGCAGAACAGAAUGGAGUUUGACAAGGUUUUGUAAAAAAGUGUAACGUAACAUGUUUUAAAUAAUUAAGUCAAUAACACGUGCAAACAUUACGCUAACGUACAUACGAAACGAAGUCAAGAAGCAUUUAUUUUGUAAGUGUAGUGUCAUAGGUUACAGAAUAAAAGUCAUGAACAGUGUCUACUAUUACAACAUAACCAAACUUUGGUCUUCAACUUCAUUAUUAUUCCUGUUUAACAAGUGAUUCACAACUACAGGUGAUUCGUAAUUUUAAUAUGUUCAGUGAAAAGGAGAUGCAGUGAAAACCCCAAGGAAAUUCUAACGUGUUAAGAACAUAAAACUGCCUAAUGUCAAAAAACCAACUAUAGACGCAAACAUGCCUGUCGGAACGAGUUUUGAAAAUUCUGCGAUGAAAACCUGCUUUUCGUUGUCUUCCCUACCAGCGACAGAUACAACCCCCGACAAGGGGGUUGUGAAACCUCGGCUUUAUAGUAGUUUGACCAAAAAUCGUGUAAAAGCGACAGCAGUUAGACGUUCAUGGGGGAGUACUGCCAGCGAACACCGAGAUGAGUUUUGGUCAGCACUUCAGGCAAAUUAUAAUUAUAUAAUGGAUAACCAGUUGAUUGAUAAGUGCCAAGAAGCAAAUAGUGAUUUAUGCAUGGAUACUGGAACCUGGUCUUUGAAAGAAUUUUACGCACAAUUCUCCGAACUCUAUUUGUGGUUGAAUAGCGUUCAGGAGACGAUAUAUGGCAAAGAAGAAAAUAUAAGAGACAAGGCUUUACGAGCACAUUGCGUUAAUGUGGUUCGUGAAAAAAGCUCGAUGCUUACAUUAUUUAAUGAUCAAGCUAGUCAACUGGUGCAAUUGCAUCCAAAAGUACAAGAAGAAGUUAACUGGCGAGUAACACACCUAAAUUCAAAAUGGGACUCAAUUUUGAGUAUUUUAGGACCUUCAGAAUGUGGACUUUGUGAACAAGAAAAAUGUCUCGACAUUGAUCACGAGAUCAAAUGUUUGAGAAAAUGGUUUAAGAUGAUGGAAGAAUGUUUACAGCCACUUAACUUCAGAACCAAAUAUACAAAGACUGAAAUUGAAGCUAAAGCGUUAGAACUAAAGGUGCUGCACCGGGAUAUUGAAAAUCACGGUAAAAUUGUGAGUUCAGUGGUAAAGUUGUGCAAGAGACCCGAUGCGAGUUGCAACACUGUCAACGUCCGGCGAAUUGCGAAUGGCCUCGAAAGGCGUUGGCAUCUUCUCUUCUUGCGAUCUUUAGAAUGGCAGUGCUACUUGGAAACUUUAUCUAAAAAAGAAAAUUGCAGGAAUACAUCGACCUCAUCUGAUGAAACUGACAGUGACUGUUAUGAGGAACCAGUAAAUAAAUAUCCACGAUUGAGCAGCAGGGAUCAUUCUGGCAUUGAAAGCAGGACAUCAUCUGAGAAUGAAUGUGGUUAUAAUCAGGAAAUAUCGAACUCUUCCUUAAUAUUUCAAGACGUAAUGAACAAGAACGCCGCAACAUUGUUUACCCAAACAAGCGAAGAUACAGUAGAUGGUAAAUGUUUUAGGUUUGGUGAAGAUACAUCACAUUUCACAAGAUCGAACCGUAAAGCUCCGAAUUUAGGAACGUACUAUUUUAAGCACGAAGACACGGACUCAGAUUUGGAAAAAAUGGAACAGCAAUCAGUAAUGUCAAAGAACGAAGUACAGAGCACUCUGGAGGAAACAUCUGAAGAAGAAUGGACUUAUACGAAGAAUGUUGACGAAACAGAAGUUAAAUCAAAGCCAGUGCCGGAAGAAACAAUCAGAAAGCUUGUCCAAAAGGCUGAAGAAUUAGUAAGUCCUGACAAGUGCCGAAAAUUGGACCGAAUCAAUUCAAUAAAUAAAAUGUCGAGAGUUAAAAAAUGGUUGAGUAUGGAGAAGCCGGAUGACAGUUGUGAUGCAAGUGGAGAAGACGAUGAGCGAGAGUCUCAAAUAUCGGAAGAUUUUGAUGAAAGCACUAUUACAUGUCGGUAUAAUUCACAAAAUACAUCGUUUACCGAAUUGAACCAUUCUGAAUCAACACCGAAAAUUAAUUUCCGACAAAGAAAAUACAAUGCCAAUCGUCCUUGGAGCGUUUCUUGUAUAUCUCAACUCGACCAGUCAUCGUCAACGAAAAUAAUUCAAAACGAUAUAACGAACUUUUCUAUAUCCGAAUCUGCGCUACAUAAACUUGCCUUAACGUCGAAAAAUUUGGAAAGAGUGAAUGCAGUUAGUGCCAACAGUAUUGGGGUUAACGGAAACAAUUCAACAUCAUCAACAGUUGAAGAAACCUGUAAUUUACAAGAGAAGACAUCUCCAAAUAGGCGUCGAAGGCUCAAGUUCAAGAAGAAGUGCGGGAAAAUCGAUUUUCACACUCCAUACAGUCCAAUUGGCGGCCCCAAAAAUCGAAAUUUGCUCAUAAAAUCAGGUUCAUUCUCUGGAUCUAGCAAUAAGUUUAAUUUCAUUGAACGACACACAUCAAGUGAUCCACCUGCCGUUGAUUUGUAUCAAGGGAAAUACGAAACUUCGACCACUAGUGGCGCUGACAGUGAAGAAGAUCUUAGCAAACGGAUACCAUCUUUCAAGUUGGGUUCGAAAACACACUACCUCAAUUCUAAUCUUAGGAAUUCUAGUCCAGGAAAAAGCAACACAACCGAAGAACAGAGCAGUUCUUUGUCUGAACAAGCAGCUUGGGACAGCUACCAGGAAAAGUAUUCAUCUGAAGCGUAUAGUGAAACGCACGAUUCGGACGCAGCUCGAAAAUUGUUGGAGUUUGGUGAGGAUUAUAGGAAUUUUUUGGACAGUCAAUCUGACUGGUCGACAAAUCCCGACUUUUCGCCGACUUUCCGACGACGAACGUUAGUGCCUUUCUCAGCUCCUGAGUCCGAUAGCGACACUGAGUCGCUUCGACAGUUACUGAACAGUUCAAGAGACCAACUAAACUAUACUAAAAAUAUUUAUAAGCGACAGGUGUCGUUGGGUAUUAACGAAUACUUAGUAGCUAACGAAAUAGAUGAAAUGAUUUCGACGUGCGAUCGUCAUUUUGAUUUGUUAACAAACGUGGAAAAGAAAUCCGAUGAACUUGCCAUCUCGAAAAUUGACAAAGGGAUUGUCGCAGAAUUAUUGACCCAGUGGACCACUUUAAGAAACAACGUCGCGAAAAUGCAAGAAUUCCGAAAUUUGCAAAAAGAUAUCUCGUUUAUGAAAAAUUUACUUCUGAAGAUGGAAACUUUCGACUCUGAAUGCAUGUUCAACUUGGACUCGGUAGAUGAUCUUCCCAAAGAAGUGGAUUAUUGCGAGAAAAAAUUGGAAGACAUUUAUGAACAUAAGAAGAAGCUUCUUGCGCUAAAUGUGGCCGUUCAUCGAUUCGUGGUGGAAAAUAAGCAGUACAAUGGGUCGUCUUUGAAGACAGAUAUUUCGGAAAUGUAUCGCAUGUGGGAGAAUUUACUAACAAACACUAACGAACGUUUAGCUCAACUCAGACCCUUACUUCAACAGUGGAAAACGCUCGACAAUAGACUCGAACAGUUACAAGUGGAUUUACGUAGCGAUGAGAAAACAUUGCAUCUUCUCGAUACCGCUUUGCAGGGUGGUGUUUUAUCUGAUCAGACGGCGAGCUAUGUUCGAGAUGUCGCGAAAUUGCUUUCCGAGACCACUGCUGUACAGGGUUGUAAAAUUCCGGAGCUGUUCACGGAAGGAGGUUCUUUGUCGGACAGCGGUAUUUCGGACGAGGGUUCGGAACACGAGAUUGGGGAGCGUGAACGUCGUCUGGCGGCGAUCCGGCGCUUGGUGCGUCAACUGGAAGUCGUCUUGGCUCCGGAUUGCAAAGCUCGCCUGAAAAUGGCAGAGAGAUUGAACGCCGCUGAGGAAGAACUCAAAGCUUUGCAGAAACGUUGUCGAUCGCUGAUUGCUUGCACCGCUGCCUAUUCUCUGCCUGUUCGGUCGUGUGAUGAACAGAGAGAGCAUGAAACAGCUAGAGAUCCGGACGACGAUGAUCCUGGCGACGAACCUUCUACAAGUUCGUGGUUUAAACGCGUGAUGCGGGCUUCGGUUCCUUUCCAAGUGGUUAUCAUUACCCUUUUGUGUGUCGCCUGCCUAUUAGAGCCACAAUGUUGUGACAACAUGAAUAAUUUUGCAAUGUCACUGAGUCCACAAUUGCGUUACAUCAAGGGACCCCCACCGAUUUAAGGUACUUAUACAAUCUUGAAACGAUUCGAAACACUGCCUUCGGUACUUAUACAGUUGCACAAGAUGGGCUAUUUUUAGCGUUUUCAUUAAGUUAUUAAAACGACGUAGCAUAUUGUUAUUGUGUACAUACUGAUAUUUUAUAAUAAAACUGAGGAAAGUCCUAUUUGCAGUUAGCAAAUGAUACACGAAUAUCAUAUCAUUUUGGAUAAAAUCUUAGCAAUUGAGGUGUUUUUUGCCACUACUAAUUAUUUAUUAUUAUUAUUAUUAUUUCUAUAGUAGGGCUGAAACAUUUUCUUGUGGAAGUAUAGUAUUAUAUACAGAGUGGAUGACUGAAAUCAUCUCCAAGUAGGUGUACUGAUUUGGUGCACCUGAGACUAUUUUUUGAAUAUUCCAUUUUUAUACGGUCACGUGCCUUAAGAUGGCGCUUGGCGCCUGCUGAUAGAGUUAUUUUAUGAUUAAAAUAUAAUAAAGUUUGCUCAUAUUAUUUAACAUCAACGAGCACUUUACGUGGACAAUGACACGUAAUAUUAUUUGAUUUAAACUAUUGCAUGUUAGUGUUAAUUAGUAUGCAUGUGUUUACUUGAUUUUAGGCAACAUCAGUGUUUGUGGUUUUGUUGUAUCGUAUUUUUUGGUUCAAACAUGGAUGUUGUUGGUCUAACCAUUUCUUUUUUCGAUAAUGGUUAGAUUUAUUUUUAUUCAUUUAUAAUUAAAGAUUUUUGUUAGUAACUAUGUUUACGUUACUAACACUUUAAUUGUAUAUGCGAGACGUUCAAUGAUUUGGUUAAAUUUUUUUAGAGUGGUUAGAAAAGUUUAAAGUUUAUCAUUGGAUGUUUCACCUAUUUAAUAACAUAAGUUAUUUAUGAUUAUGACAAUCUUGGGCAUUUGCGUUUUUAUAAGGUAAUAUUUUCAAUACUUUUAGUUUUUUACAGUUUCAUAGCUUGUAUCAUUUAUCUAUAACAUAUUGAAUUUAAACUUAAGUUAAUAUUAAGUUUAUUUCAUUUUAAGCUCAGUACAUUUAUCCGUCACGUAAGUACAGUAAUAGAGAAACGAUUGUCACGCAUUUGCCUAUUUUUAUAUUUUUUAUAAUAAUUUAUACUACGCAUAAUGUCAUAACGUUUGUGUUGUAGGUCUUGAUUGCUUACACUAUUUUACAAUUUAUGUAAACAAGGCGCAUUCAAUCAAUAAAGGAUUUUUCAAAUA